AUGAUCAUUGAACAACUUGUUUCUAAGAUUAAUAGUGCAAAAUGUUUCACGGUAUUGGCUGAUGAAACAACAGAUAUUUCUGGAAUUGAACAGUUCUCGUUAUGUGUUAUGUAUUUGGACAUAUUCAAAAAAGAAAUGAGAGAAGAUUUUUUGAAAUUCAUUCCUGUUCAUGAUGUUACCGGAAAAGGAUUAACAACUACUCUAAUGGAUAGCUUAAAAGAAUUAGGACUUGAGUUUAAGUAUAUACGUGGUCAGGGAUAUGAUGGUGCCGCCGCUAUGAGUGGACACUUUAAUGGCGUUCAAGCUCAUGUGACCAAAAACUACCAUCUUGCUCAUUAUAUUCAUUGUAGUUUACAUAGUUUAAAUUUGGCGAUUUCGGAUGCUUGUAAUAUUCAGUCUAUUAGGAACUGCACAGGAACUAUUCAGAAAGUUUGUGUCUUCUUUAAAUAUCCAAAAAGAAACAAUGUCUUAACAAAAUCAAUAUCUUUUAUAUCUUCUUCUUUAAAUGUUAAACGUUUGAAGUUACUUUGUCCUACUAGAUGGGUGGACCGUCAUGACUCUAUACUUGUUUUUAUAGAUUUAUUUGAUGCUAUCGACAGCUUAACAAAAGUAUGUUCUUGGUGUGAUAAGGAUUCUUCAUCAGGAGCAUAUCAAUUAUUAUGCUCUAUAAAACAGCCAGAGUUUAUACUAGCAACAUAUGUGUUAGCAAAAGUAUUUGGUAUAAGCUUACCACUAAGUAAACAUCUCCAAACUAAAAAUAUAGAUCUGAUUGAUGCUAGGUUAGCAGCAAGAGGUGUUCUUCAUUGA